AUGAACAAUGUGUCUAAAUUCGCAUUCGCAUUUCCUCCGGAAUGUAUUCGUUUAAUCACUUUGAAUUUAAAAGAUGAUAAAAAAUCUUUACAUUCUUGCUUGUUGACCUCUCGGGAUUGGUGUAGAGAAACGGUGGAUUUAUUAUGGAGUCGACCAUUCUAUUUUAUUUAUGCAUGCAAGGAAACAAGUUUCUUACCGACCAAAUCUUUGGAGAUAAUAAACACAAGUUGUCAUUGUUCAACCAAGAAACGACAAAUUCAAGUUGCAAAAUUAUUGAGAAUUUAUUUACAAUGCCUCAUAUUUAAGUAUAAUGAGGAAUUAUUAAAACGAGAGGUCAUUCAAAUGCGAGUUAGGAUUACCAUGUUUAAUUAUGUGAAAUUCCUAAACGUUUUGGAUUUAAAUGAAUUGUACAUUGCGGUUAAAGAUUGGGAGAAAUCAUUAGACACAGAGAUGUUAAAAUCGAUUUCAUUGGAUACGCAAUUUAUCCUUCAUUUGAGUCAUGAUAAAAAUUAUUGUUUAUCCCUUAUCAAGGACAUUAAACAACCGGAUUCUUCUUAUUUAAAUACUUAUCAACACUUGGUAUAUUUGAAUAAUUUAAUCGAUAUCGAUUUACCAAAAUCCCCUAAACUGAAUCAAAAUUUGGUUAAUCUAUCCGAACUUGAGGUUGUACAAGCUAAUAUGGUGUUAACCAGUACCAGUGACAAAUUCGCAGCAAUAAGGGAAGCAAAUCAAGUCGCUUCCCUCAUCAAAUUUCAACAUCAUUUGGUUCAUUUAGAAUUAUUUGAUAUUAAUGAUGAAGAAUUUUGGGAGGUCGUCAUGGAUUCCGUCAUUGAAUCUCAAUCAAAUUCUUUAAACGUUUUGAUCUUUAAUAAUGUUACUAUUUGUAGUAUUAACGUUUUAUUUCACCUAGUACCUCUACAAAAUUUAAAAGAAUUGAGAUUUGAUAAGUGUAUCUUCAAAACAAGUUCAGCUAUUCAACCCAAGGAAAAGGAACAUCAUAAUUGGAAGGAUUUAAGGUUCCCCAAACUUAAAUAUCUUGAAAUAGAUUUUACUGAUGACACUAAGGAUGAUUCAAAAGAAUUAUCUUCUAUUCUACUUAAAUCUUUAAGAAUUUGA